UAGUUCUCCCCUUUGACCCUCACCCCUCCCUGAAAAAAACAUGACCUCCAACAUCCCACAAUCCUCUGCCCCCCUUCCCAAAAAAGAGACAACUACUGAAUGAAAACGGAACUUCCAGCCCAUCUGAACCAGCCCUGAUCCCACAUCCACCCUACCGGAAGAGGGAACAAACCAGAGAAACCACAUCCACCCUACCGGAGAGGGAACAAACCAGAGAAACCACAUCCACCCUACCGGAGAGGGAACAAACCAGAGAUUGAUUUUAUAGAUUUGAAAUGGAGAAAAAAACGAGUCAUCUUUUGCAAACUGUGUUUUGUUUUUCUUGGGGGUUUUCUUUGGGGGGGGAAAUGUCACCACAAACUCACAUUGUGUAUAUUGAACACCAUAUAAUCAAUCUACUGCAGGCAUUCUGGUAUCGUGUGAUCUGGUCUAGUCUUGGGGUUUUUUCUUCUCCAGGUCAGACAGUAGUAGUUGCUGGUUGUUUUUAAAUCUGUGUAGAACCCGGCCUUUUUUCUCAGGUCAGUAUUAUAGCUAGCUGGUUUGACCCCCAGAGCCCGAGAAAGCAAAGAAGGCAGCCGCAUACAACUCACUACAAAAGGGACUGAACAUUUUUGUUUAUAGAUGUGUGUGUAUAUAUAAAUAUAUAUAUUUGCUCGGGUACUUAGAGAAAUACCCAACCAGAUUACGGCGUGAACAAAGCUUGCCAGUGAAUAAAGUGAGCCUACAGGAAUAGCUGCAAAGUCAAAGCCAUUUUUAACGUUGAAAAGGUAAUGGGUUUCGUGCAUGCAUUUCAAUUGCUAUUAAUUUAUUAACCUGUUUUCUUUGGUUUAUCUGUUUGGAAUGGUUUGUUCAGCAUUGCCCGAAACAGACACACUUCAAGAGGAUAAUGCAUUCAUUUUCCAUGUGUUUUUGUAUAUCUAGUAUUAUCAAAGCCGUUAAUAAUGACAUCCAUCAUUCACUUACUCUGAAAGACAAGACUACAACAUUAUCAUGACUAUCUGCUUUUUCCUCCACUUGUUUUUUCUUCUUCCUGUUAUUAAAAUAGCUUUUUUCCUUUCAUAUUAUGAUUCUAUUUUUKUGUUCCACUAUUAUGCCUACAGAUUACACUGUGUUAUUAKCAGCCAUGCAGUGMACCUCUGACUCCCUCCUUGAACCAUGGACGGAACUGUUUAUUCUCAUCAUUGACUUUUCCAACAUUUACAAUAAAGAACUGUGUGAUCUGAUACAGGUGUCUGCAAUAUGAUUAGAUCCAUUCAUAUAACAUACACAUUAUCCCCCAAACUAUUCCCUGUCUUUUAGCAGUGUGUCAGAGCAGUGUGUAAAUGUUGAAGUCAUCUGAUUUCUUCAAAUCCACCAUACUUACAUUUUCAUUGUACAACAUGUCACUUAAAGUGUAGCCUGCUUUUACUAACAUUGAAUCCUUUGAAGAAUAAUGUACUCUUCAUUGAGCUCAAAAUUCUCAGUGGACAAACACCUAAAAUGUGGGUACAUAUAAUGGCUAGGCAGGCGCGUAUAGUUCAACACACACAUAGUCAACGUCAACUUGACCUUAAUAUCCCAUACGUUUCUAUACCGAGUGACUGCAAACAAGGGACAAACAAACAUUUUGUGGGUCAGAAUGGAGAAGUGGGCAGGUGAUGGAGCCAGUGAUAUCCCAGUUCUCAGUGAAAGGGGGAAGUCACCCGUCGACUAGUGAUACUGAACAAGAACUAAUAACAGGAUUUAGUAUAAGUGUUAACUUCUGAAACGAUGUCAACGGACAGGCAACAGCUGCUUUUCGAGGGCUUCUUGAAGAAAAGGAAAGAUACAAUGAAAAUUAAGUGGUCAACCUAUUGGUUCAGGCUCCAAAACACAACAUUAUUCUUCUACACUAAGAAACAUGGGAGUGCUUCACACCUAAGAGGCCUGUACUACAUCUACACUGUGCAGUCUGUGCGUGAGAUCCAGAGGGAGAAGCGKAAGCACUACGUGUUUGAAAUCACCAUGAAGAAUGGGAAGAGGAAAGUACUGGCUGCAGAGACAGGUGAUCUGAGGAGGGAGUGGAUUGGCCAGCUGUGGAGGGCCAUGCAUCUCUCAGGCCCAGGSGGCACAGUCCCAGGCUGCAUACGACAGCAGGAUGUGAGGUCUGAUGACCUGAAGGUCAGAGGUUACUUCAGCACCUAUAACAGCUCAGAAUGUGACAGCAUGACGGAACCACUGGGGGUUCCCCUCUCUGCACCCCUCAACCCCUCCACCCCUGACCAAGACCUAGACCAGGGGGACAGGAGUACCCACUGCCUCUCUGACACCCACCUCACCCCUCCACCCCUGACCAAGCCUAGACCAGGGGACAGGAGUACCCACUGCCUCUCUGGCCCCCUCACCCCUGACCAAAAUCUGGGGCACAGGGCUACCUCUCCUCUCCCUCACUGACGAGCUCAGUAGUGAGGAAGGCAUAUGCCAGAACACCAUCUCACAUUAUGGAGAGGAAGAUGAGGACAGUGUCCAUAGAUUUAGAAGGAGAUGUGAGGAGGAGAGAGAUGAGAAGAGGAGGAAGAGUGUAAGGAGGAAGAGGAUCAGUAUGACUUUCUACCAGCCCCCCGAACUCUGAGUAUCACAUCAACCAAUCAGAUGAAGACUUGACUGAUGGAGAGGACCUCUAUGACUUCCCACUGUCCAAUAAGAGGGCAAGUGACCGCCAAGAUUAUGCGAGAUGACAGAGAGCAUCUAUGACGUCCCCAGUUCCCUAAUGAGGAGAAUGUCUGAACACACACUUGCAGAGCCUUACCCUGGAGGUGAGAUACUGGUGGAGGACAGGGGCCUCCUGGAUGACAUGAUGGCCAGUCUGGGUGGCGGGACGGUGGGCUGGAUAACAGGUGCUUCUACUGGCUCUGUGGAGCCCUARGGGCUGGCUCAUCAUGGCUCUUAGGACUGGUAUAUAGUAUAGACUCUGGAUAAUAUAGACUGAAUGAGUUUUCCUCAUUCAAAUUGUUCUAUAAAGCUUGACGCAUUCUGUUAGAGAUUUAAAUAUGUUUACAUUUGAUGAAAAAAAUCUAAUUUGUKAUGAUAUUCUAUUCUAUUGACUUCUCUUUUAAUACAAUCUACUGUCAAGGAAAUACCAUAUUAAAUAACCAACUUUAUACUGUCAAAGUGUUCCACUUAGUAUAUAAUGUGAGGAGAGAGGUAUUAUAGUAUUCAGGCAGACCCUAUCCUUCUUUUUUAGGAGGUAGAUCAGCUUUAAUAUUGCAGAUACAUUGUGGCUUCUAUCAAUGUAAUUGUCUGCAUCAUUUCCAAUC